UCGAUAUACACAAUGUUGUAGUGGGAAAAAGGCACAUCAACUCCUCAAAUUUGGUGAUGUACUCUGCCACUAUGUUGUUGUUGUCCUGCUUCAGCUUCAAGAACUCUAUCUCCUUCCUAUUCUUCACAUUCUAAGGGAAGUUGUUAUGGAUAAUGGACCUUAUGAAAAAGAGCUUGCUGCAGGGAAGGAACCAAAAUCAUUUCAUAGGCCCAAAAGAGUGAUUCGUAGACCCAAAGAGUGGGAGGAUUUUGUGAGUUUUUGAUAUAUUAGCCCUGUAUAUGCUGGAAAGGUUCUAGAAUGAGUUUGUUAGGAGAUUCUGUUAGAGAAUUCUGUUAGGAAAAUCAAAUAUAUUGUAAUGAGGUGAAUCAAUUUGGAGCAAUGAACAAUUUGUUUUCUCUUUCUUGCUUUUAUCUUCUUGGAGGUUUCUCUGUCCUCGAAUUCAGAGAAUUUCCCGUUUGUUUAAUUGGUGUUUUCAUUGAGAGAACCACCUCCUAUGGCAGAUGGUACACGGUCCAAAUCAGGUACUUAGUCUCAUAAGCUUGAUGAGCUUAUUCAGAAACUUUUGUCAUUCCAGACCUCUAUCACCUCCAGAUUUGAUGAGAUGGCAUCACGCGUUUCGGCCUUGGAAUCGAAACCCCCUUCAUCCUCCACACAUUCAACCCUUAAUUAUCACGCUUCAGAUUCUUCCUCUUCUCCUCAAAAGCACUUCCUCAAGCUCGAUGUUCCACGAUUCGACGGCGCAGACCCACUUGGUUGGAUUUUUAAGAUUUCACAAUUCUUCGACUAUCAUGAAACCCCACCGGAGGAGCGCAUCACUGUUGCCUCCUUCUAUUUAGACGGUGCAGCCUUGGCUUGGUUUCAAUGGAUGUAUCGGAAUGGUCAGAUCCUUUCAUGGACUCAGUUUUUGCAGGCACUGGAAACCCGGUUUGCUCCCUCGGCAUUCGACCAUCCUAAGGGUAAGUUGUUUAAGCUUCAGCAAACUUCUACAGUGGCUGAUUAUUUAAGUGAAUUUGAGGCUUUAUCUAAUCGUAUUGAUGGACUACCUCCUUCAUUUUUGCUGAGCUGUUUCAUUUUCGGCCUCAAAACGGAGGUUUGACGCGAGGUUUUGGCGCAACAACCCUCUUCUUUGUCUCAAGCAGCUGGGCUUGCUCGAUUACAUGAAGAAAAACUACAAGAUCUCUAUCGUUGGUAUAGACCUCACCCUCUUCCAAUGACACAUUUGACCCAAGUCAGCAAAACGUUUUCUCCGCCACAAGGGCUACCCCCGCCCAAACCAUUACCACCUUUGCUUCCCACUCCCUACCAUCCUCCGCGCUUUCGAAGAUUAUCCGAGGCUUAAGUGGUUGAGCGACGAGAGAAGGGGUUGUGAUUUAAUUGUGAUCAAAAGUUUUCACGAAAUCACAGAUGCAAGGCGAAGUUUAUGCUUAUAAUGGCUGAAGACGUUGAGAACUUGGAUGACGAUUCUAUAGGGGUGCAUUGCUGGAUUUUUUUUAGAGUGUGACGGAAGAAACAUGGACCAAGGGUCCAACUCCUAGAGUUAUGGCCAGAAAAUUACUUGAAGAUUUGACCAUUUCAGAGCUGAGUGGGUCCCAUGGGCUUGGUGGGUCUAGGGUUCUCUUCACUUGGGCCUUACAUGAAUGACCACCUUUAUUGCAUGUUGAGUAGUGUAAGAUUUCAUUUUGUCUGGUCUUGUAUUACGGACCUUAGUAUAGGACUUUUUGGACUUUAGGCUUAUUGAGCCUAGUGUUGGACUUCAUGGGCCUUUGCAUUUUGGGUACCCAAUAUUGGGCUCAUUUUAAUCCUUGUAAUUUUUCAUUUUCAUUGUAUUUGCUUGGCCAUUGUAUUUAGGCCAUUAGAUUAGGAAUAUAGAAGGAAUUCAAUAAUUGGACUAUUAGGCUUGAUCUAAGUUUAAUUUAGGAGUCAUUUGACUUGAAUUUGGAUCACAUGAUUUAAGCCUUGUUGGUGCUGAACAUGUGUGACUAAAUUCAAUCCAAAUACAUUCUAAAUUAAACUUAGAUGAUGGCUAGAAGCACCAUUCACGGACUAGCACAUGGGUGAUCCAAAAUUUGAAUUUUAAAUUCCAUUUGAAAUUCAAAUCUUGGCACCUAAUUUUCUUGCUUGAGUUGGCGCCAUUAGCUAGCUUGAUCCGCUCCUAUAAAUUGCAUUCCUUAUUCAUUUUGUAAGCACUUUGAACAUUUUAUGAGAAUUUUGAAAAAUUAU